AUGCAAGGUAAUUAAAACAUUCCUGAAAAUGCGAAUGAUCACUGUCCAGGAGCCAACUCUGAUUAAGCAGGAAAAAGUGAAGCUUGUGCUGGUUGUCCUAAUUAAUAACUUUGCUAAUCAGGGGCAGGCAAAUAAUUAUUAGAUAAUUCUGAAAUCAUAGCAAAUUUAAAAUAAGUCAAACAUAAGAUAUUGGUCUUAUCAGGCAAAGGAGGAGUGGGCAAGAGCACUGUAUCCUCAUAAUUAGCCCAUAUUCUUGCAUCCAAGGGAUUUGAUGUAGGUUUAUUAGAUAUUGAUAUCUGCGGACCUAGCAUUCCAAGAAUGAUGGGUUUGGAGACCAGUGAAGUUCAUUCAAGUAAUAACGGUUGGUAACCCAUCUAUAUCAACGAAAAUUUGGGAGUGAUGUCGAUAGGAUUCUUGAUUGACAAUAAAGAUGAAGCUAUUAUUUGGAGAGGUCCAAGAAAAAAUGGACUAAUUAAACAAUUUUUAACUGAUGUGGCUUGGGGAGAAUUGGAUUUCUUAAUUAUUGAUACUCCUCCUGGGACAUCAGAUGAACAUAUAUCUAUUGUUCAAUACCUUAAUCUUACCCCUGAUGAUGGAGCAGUAAUAGUAACAACACCAUAAGAAGUUUCAUUGUCUGAUGUAAGAAAAGAGAUCAGUUUUUGUUAAAAGACAAAAACAAACAUACUUGGAAUUAUUGAGAAUAUGAGUGGCUUUGUUUGUCCUAAUUGUUAACACCACACUGAUAUCUUUCUCCCAACCACUGGAGGAGGGGAUUCAUUAUGCAAAUAGUAUUCUCUCUAACCUCUUGGGAAAAUACCACUCGAGCCAAAAGUGUUAUUAUCAGCUGAAAAAGGCAAAUGCAUUUAUGAAACUGCUCCUGACUCAGUUGCUGCCUAAGUUUAUACAAACAUUGUUUAAUGUAUAGUUUAUUAUUAGUUUUAGCAUUAUUAGAAACAUUAAAAGAAUAAAUCAAAUAAUGAUUAAUAUUAUAAUUAUAUGCAAACGCGUUACCCUCGUCAUUAAAUCAAUCAAUCUGUCAUAAAUAUUCCCCCUCCUUAGGUUACGGUUGUUAGAAGUAUAUCCCCAGUUGUUGUUCGAACUUUAGAAGUUCCGGUAUAUUAUCAGAAUGAUCAAACCAACUGGAAGGAUAAAUACUAUGAACUUAGACACCAAUAUUGGCUCUUGGAGGAUAAAUGUAAUAAAUUGGAAGACCUAUAAAUAAAGCAUAGCAGAUGCGAAGUUGUAAGAGAGAGUGAAUUAAAAUAAAUUAAUGAGCUCUUUACUUAGAGUUAGUAUGAUAUUAGAUAGCUUAAACACUGUUUAGCCAAAGUGGAUACGUAAAUGAAUGAGGAUUACAAAAUGAAAUAUUAAUAAGCAAAUGAUUAACUAGAGACAAUCAAAUCUGAAUUUAUUAAACUUCAAUAAGAAUUAUAUUAAUCCUAACAAUAAUCUACUCAAAACACUCAGAGAUAACCAUAACAAAUGAAUCAACUAAUUAUUUCUAAUUCAGAGCUUUAACGAUAAAAUGAAUAAUUGCAAUUAUUAAAUAGAAACCUGCAAUAGUAAAUUGAUACUCUUCAUUUUCGAUAUGCUGAGUCUGGAAACUAAUAUAAUAAAAUUCAAGAAUUAUUAGCUUUAACAGUUCUUAAAAAUGCAGAAAUUGACAGUCUUAGAAUAUUGGUCUCAGAAAAAGAAAAAAUGAUUGAAUAACUUCGCACUUAAUAUUUAUCGUAAUAUAGAUGA